UACCUUAUCGGUAGGUGUUAGACUCGACUGGCUCGAAGUGGAACGUCUUGGAUUGAAAUUGCUACCUUAAAAAUGAUAUAUUAACGCAGUUAAUUCUUCGCGAAAUGGUGGACGUGACGUUACAACCUCCAGCCUACCCAGGCAAUGAUGCUAAACAAACCGAUAGCAACUGGAACGCAGUCCCGAUCAUCACAGUUAGCUCACCGAAAGAUGUUGACCAAUCAGGGGAUAAACUAGUCAAACUACCAAAGCUCCCAUCGGAGCGUUUCAGGUACACCUUGUGGCAUGAGCUGCGCAACAAUGACCUGAAGGGAAGUGAACUGCACUUCCCCAGGGUUCGUAAGGCACCGGUAGUCAAGGAGAAACUCUUUAAGAGGAUCCAGGAUGAUCAAGGUAGGAAGAUUCACCAUGGUAAGACCGGUCAGGAGAGGAAGGCUCACCAGAGGCAAGCUGAAGACUGGGAAAAUACACAGCAUGCCAACCUAUCGUUUCAAGAUCUCCAACAUGAUUACCAGAGGGAGAACCUUCAUAGCAUCAUGAAAAGAUUGAUCAGAGCUGAGACUGUACAGAUCAGGGAUAAUAAUAUCGUUGAUCUCUCAGACGUUACUUUCAACUGUUGUAGAGAACUGAAUGCAAGCAAGAAUUUCAUCACCUCAUUCAAGAAAUUACCCAGAUGUCCUAAUUUAGAAGUACUCAACCUCAGCGACAACUCCAUCAACUCAUUUGAUAACAUUGGUGUCUUACGGAAGACACAACUGGAAACAUUGGAUCUGAGAAGGAAUCCCAUCUGCUUUAUGGAGAACUACAGACAAAGGAUAUUCAAUGCUCUACCCAACUUGAGAGUUCUUGAUGGCGUCUCUCGGCUGCCUUCAGAUUCUGGAGACGGUCUUUCAUCGACUGGGAGCUGUAUGGUCAUGUGAUCCCGAUUCCAAAGUAAUUUUAGCUCUUGUGAACUCUGGAAGUUGGUCUGAGGCCAAGGGCACCCUCUCCCCUCUCUUAACCUGCAUCAUCAUAAGAUCUUGGGUAAUACUAAAAACUCUGGACACUAUGGAAGUUGGUCUUAAAGGGGAAGAUCACCCUGACAAAAAGUUAUUGUACAAAUAGCAGAAAAAUAUUGCAGAAGAUUCUAGAAAAAUCUGUCAAAGAAUUAAAAUUUAUUAGAAUUUUAAUGAUUUGAUUUGUGACGUCACUUGCAAGCAGCAUUCCUACAUAGUGAAUGGUAAAAAAAAUUAAUGAAUUGUCAUUUUCUCAGAAAAUUGACAGUUGUUUUCACUGUACCUUUUGUACGUCAACAGAAAAUCAGUUCACACCAGAUCAUGAAGAGUAAACAAAAAUAAGUCCUCAGGAACUAAUCAAAAAUGAAAUUCAUGCAUUUUAUAUUUCAUAACAUAUAGGGCAGC